AUGGCAGAAGGCAAGAUGGACAAGGGAGACAAGGACAAGGACAAAGCGGAAGAGGAACCUUCCGGAGUUCAGCUUGUCCACCGGCACGUCUUCGGCUUCCGAAGUGGGGUGAAAGGCAACAUGCAUUUCACAGACGACGCGCACUUGCUGUAUCCGGCCGGGCACAACACGAUCUUGUACCAUUCGGAUCACAAGACGCAAAUCAGAGUCUUUCCGGGUUCCGAGGGGUCGGAAGGCAUUACGGCUUUGGCACUAAGCCCCAACCGGAAGUUCUUGGUGGCCUGCGAGAAGUUUCAGGAGAGGGCCAUCAGCUACAUCUACGACGUCACGACCGGCAAGCGCAGGCGUGGCCAGCUCUCAUAUGCAGACUGCGACGCAAGGGAAUUCGUUUGCGCAGCUUUCUCCGCAGAGAACAAGUUUCUCAUCACACAGGGUGGGCCUCCGGACUGGACUCUGAUUCUCUGGUCUUGGGACAAGGCCAAAGCCCAUGGCGCUGUGAAGGUUUCCAACCUGACAGGCUCGAUGAUCCAUGAGUGCUCCUUCAACCCCCAAGACUCGUCGCUCGUGUGUGUCAUCGGUGAUGGUGUCUUUAAAUUCUUCCGACUUCAAGACGGUACCUUCAAAGGGAUUCCCAACCAGCUUUCGAAGAUGAGGGAGGCUUUUAAUCAGAACUACAUGUGCCACACCUGGCUGAAUGAUGACCGCCUCAUUGUCUGUAGUGAAGCUGGCGAUGCCUUGCUCUUUGACAGUGGCGGGGAAUUCAAGAUGGUCCUUCCCAGCUCGCCGGCGGAGCCAAGGUCUCUUCUCUGCGUGGCCUCCUUCAGCCGAGGCUUCAUCGCAGGAGGCGAAAAGGGUACCGUCACUUUUUACGAGCGAAGUGACGACGCCAAGGAGAUGUUUCGCAAAGCCAAAGAGGUGAAGCUCGACUCUGCCACUGCGCUGGGAUCGCUGGCAGUCGGUGCAGUCACAGCGAUGGCCGUGAGUCCUUCCGAGGAGACGGUGGCCAUUGCCACAUCCACAAACCAGCUGCUGACUUUCUCUCUUAGCCCAACAGACAUGCUCAAGGCAGAGGAUAGCACUGUGGAACAUGCACUGACGUCCUUCCACUCUGGGCCGAUUUUCGGCCUAGAUGUGUGCGUGCGGAAGCCACUAGCAGUGACGUGCGGAACCGACAAGUCCGUGCGUAUUUGGAACUAUGUGGACAAGACGCAGGAGCUGUGCAAGGUAUUCAACGAGGAAGCAUUCUCGGUUGCCUUUCAUCCCAGUGGCUUCCACCUCAUCGUGGGUUUUGCGGAUAAAGUUCGUCUCAUGAACCUCUUGAUGGAGGAUUUCAGGACGUACAAGGAGAUUCCAAUCAAGGCUUGUCGAGAGUGUCGCUUUAGCCACGGAGGGCAGUUCUUUGCGGCAGUGAACUCCAACACCAUCCAGGUGUACAAGACCUACACUUGCGAGUUGGUUCUCAAUUUGCGGGGUCACCAGAGUAAGGUCAAGGCAAUAUGCUGGACUGUGGACGACUUCCGCUUGGUCUCGACAGGGCAGGACGGUGCAACCUUUGAGUUCGAUAUCUUGAAAGAAUCAACGAACAGAAAGCAAGAUUGGUCGCAGAAAGGAACUAGCUUCACCAGCAUCAUCGCCUACAGCAAUCCUGAAGCAACUGCUCAGAGCACCACGAUCUACGUGGCAGGGUCGGACAAAAUGCUCAAGGAGGUCCAGGACUCGCAGCUGACCAACUACGUGGAGUCCAAUGCCGUUCUUGGACAGCUGGCUCUUGCACCCGCUGCCAAAGCUUUAGUCGCCGGCGUGGCAGAGCCUGACAUGCCUGGCUCCCUGCGCUGCUACAAGUUCCCACUUACAGGAGACUACGUUGAGUACCAGGCCCAUUCCGCUCCGGUAUCUCGGAUUCGCAUCGCCUGGGAUGAACUGUACCUCUUCAGCACUGGCGAUGACGGCUGCCUGUGCAUCUUCGAUCUCAAGAAGCUUGGUGGCAAGCAGGAGAAGGAUUCCAGCCUUGGCCUGGGCUAUGCCGACGAGAUUCUCGUGACAAGCCAGUUUCUUGAAGAAAAGCAGGCGGUUUUGUUGGACCUGGAGCGCAAGGUUGAAGAGCUCAAGGGCCGCAUGGAGUACCAACUGCGGACACGCGAUGGACUUCACAAAGAGAAGAUGGCGGAAAUGCAAGAGAAGUACGGUGAGGAAAUCGAAACAGAGCGCCGAAAGUUCGAAGUGCUUCGAGAAGAGAAGGCGGAGGCGGAGAUGGAGAAUGAAGAGAAGAUCAAGGACGAGGAAGAGAAGCAUGCCAGAGACCUGCAAGAACAGCAAGAGUCCUUCGACCAAAAGAUGAUUGUGGAGGACCAGCGCUACAAGAAGCUCGAGAAAGACCUUGAACGGGAAAAGCAGGAAUGGGCGACGCAGCAUGCCGCCCUCCUGGCAGAACAUGCUCAAGUCAUCGAGCAGAUCAAACAGGAUGCCGAGAAGAUCCAGAGGUCAAAUCGGGACACCAUGGACAGGAUUAUCAAAGAGAAGGAAGUGGCUUUCAAGCACCACCAGGAGACGCUAGCACAACUGGAGCGCGAUGCAGAUCGUGAAAUCGAGGAACUCAAGGAAAUGUAUGAGCAGAAGCUGGCGCAGGAGAAGGACGACAAGGUGCGACUGCGCGGGCAAGCUGGGAUCCAUCAGAAGCACCACCACGACUUGAACACAGAUAUGAUGAAGAAGCAGGAUGAGGUCCAGAAGAAGGCGGAUGAGAGCAAGAAGGCCGAAGAGAAGAUUCUGGGCCUUGUGAAGGACAAGGACUCCAACGAAAAGGAGAUCAAAGAGCGUGACAAGACCAUCCACGACAAAGAGCAGCGAAUCUUCGAUCUAAAGAAGCAGAAUCAGGAGUUGGAGAAAUUCCGCUUCGUUUUGGACUACAAGAUCCGAGAGCUGAAAGCCCAGAUCGAUCCCAAGACCGCAGACAUCGCUUCCAUGAAGACGCAGACGCAGGCCAUGGAAGAUGAGCUGAAUGACUACAAGCGCAAGAACAAGCAGCUUGCGCUUCAAAUCUCGCAGCUUCAGAUGAAGCAGCGCGCGCUGCAGGAGGAGAUCAAAGCGCAGAAGAGAAAGCUGCGGGACGAUCUGUCGCUCAUCAAGCGCUUCAAGUUGGACUUGAGUGACUGCCUUGAGACCAUCUCUGAGCCCAAAGCAUUGAAAGAGAGUGUCACAGCCCUCUACAGGAAAUAUGUCCAGGGCGGGGCAAAGCGACAAGAUCUCGACACAGACAUGCAGAAGGAGUACAACAGGCAGCGCGACUACCUCGAGAAGUCUGUCGAUUCGCUGAAACGAAAGCUGGAGAAAGACAGCCAGGCCCAUCGUAUCGACAACAUGCGAAUAAUGCAGGAGAACGUCUCGCUCAUCCGAGAGAUCAAUGACCUACGGAGGGAGAUCAACAACCUGAAGCACGAGCGGCAAGCUCAGGAGCUCGCAAACAUGGGCCAGAGCAUCCAGACCUCCAAGGCCGCGGAUUUGGAACGUGAGCUGGACAUGCAGCGAGAGGAGAUCGCUUCACUUACGAAGCAGCUUAAAGACUACACGGGCUGA